CAGUGGAAUUCAGUGGAUUUGGGCUCAGCUGCUGUGGUUGUGGCUAUGCAUUUGCUCUGUCUACUUGCACCCUUUAACUUCAAUUGGGCUGCUGUUGGAAUUGCAUUUGGCUUAUAUAUAGUAACUGGACUUUUGGGGAUUACUCUUUCUUUUCACAGAAACCUCUCUCACAGAAGUUUCAAACUUCCCAAGUGGUUAGAAUACUUUUUUGCCUAUUGUGGUGUCCAAGCACUUCAGGGAAAUCCAAUUGAUUGGGUGAGUACUCAUAGGUAUCAUCAUCAAUUUUGUGAUUCUGAUAAAGAUCCUCACAGUCCUAUUGAAGGAUUUUGGUUCAGUCAUAUGAGUUGGAUGUUCGAUACUGACACCAUUGUUGAGAGGACAGGAAAGCCCAACAAUGUGGGGGAUUUGGAGAAGCAGCCUUUCUAUCAGUUUGUUCGUGACACUUACGUUUUCCAUCCCGUCGUACUUGCAGCUCUGUUAUAUGCAAUGGGAGGAUUUCCUUAUAUUGUUUGGGGCAUGGGGGUGAGAAUUGUGUGGGUAUACCACAUAACUUGGCUGGUAAAUUCAGCAUGCCAUGUUUGGGGAAAGCAGGCGUGGAAUACUGGUGACCUUUCAAGGAACAACUGGUGGGUGGCGUUGCUUGCAUUUGGAGAGGGUUGGCACAACAACCACCAUGCGUUUGAGUAUUCGGCUAGGCACGGCUUAGAAUGGUGGCAACUUGACAUGACUUGGUAUGUAGUGAGGUUUCUUCAAGCUAUUGGAUUGGCCACUGAUGUCAAGUUGCCAACUGACACUCACAAACAGAGGCUGGCUUUAGCAGACAGUUAGGACAAAAUACAAUAUUGUUUGAGGUUCAACUUCGUCGAUGUGUAUCACAUGAAAUUAAGAUUUUUGAGUGACUCGUUGCCUACUAAUGUAACUAAGGUGAGACUAUACAUUGAGCACACGGGUGAAGCUUCUUUCUUCUACUACUCAUUUUGUAACCACAUUUGCUCAAUUACUAGCACUUUUGCCAUAGUUUCCAUUAAAGUUGAUAGCUGUUAUACUAUGGAAAAUUGUCAGUUGGAUGGGGCUUAAAGAGUCCCUUU